AUGUUCGAAGGUGCCAUAGCGGCGUUCCUGAAUCGUCUUCUGGGGAAAUAUGUCGAAGAUUUGGAUACGGAACAGUUUAACGUUGGUAUCUUUUCCGGUGAUACGUGUCUCACCGAUCUUAAAUUGAAACCUGAAGCUUUGUAUCAACUUGGUCUGCCUAUUAGGGUACAAGUUGGAUUGAUAGGGAAGAUUAUUUUAAAAAUACCAUGGUCUGGAUUAUUUUCUCAACCAAUUAUUCUUUGUAUGGAGGACAUUUACAUAGUGGCUGUACCUGCUACUUAUGGCCCUUAUGAUGCAGAAGUACAAAAAAAGUUGAUACGGGCAGAGAAGAGAAAGAUAUUAGAGGAAUUAAAACAAGAUGAAGUAUCUAAAGCAGAAUUAUUUGAUAAUUUGCUGGCAUCUGUGACAAAAAACUUCCAAAUUACUAUAAAUAAUGUACAUAUUAGAUAUGAAGAGAAACUAAAUGGAUCUUUAUGUGCUUGUGGUAUCUGUAUUCAAAGUAUAUCAGUAAUGACUACAAAUAGCAAAUGGAAACCUGGUGUUAGUGCAGGCAAUUUGAGCACAAUUUAUCAAUUAGUAAGAGCAGAAUCUCUGAGCGUAUAUAUGGAUCAUGAUACAGAAUCUGCCCUUACAAGUAACAGCUGUGAAUGGGAUGUAUCCAGUUUUUUAGAAUGGAAAAAUACAAUGUACAGAGCCCUGCAGACUUUUGGUAUGAGGAAUAAGGAGUUUCAAUUUUUACUAAAACCAUUCACUGCAAAAAUAAAAGUAAUCAUACAUAAAGGAAAUGAGGCACAAACAUCUCGUAUGUUGGUUGAUAUUGUUCUUCAUGAUGUGGCAAUGCAAAUUUCUGAAGUGCAAUAUAUUACUUUCUGCUAUCUUUGUGAUUCAUUGUCACGUACAAUUAUCAACAAAUCCUAUAUAAAAUAUCGUCCGAACCAAAUCAUAAAGACAAGUCCAUCAGCUUGGUGGAACUAUGCUUACAAUUCGGUUCUAGAUUAUAAUGUAAGACCCUAUACUUGGGCAAGAAUUACUGAGCACAGAAAAAAUUACAGAAAGUACAAAGAGGCAUGCUUGCAAAGCUUGCUUCGACCGAACGAUACCGAAUUGAAAUUAGAUUUGCAGAAGUAUGAAGAUUGUUUGACAAUUUUGAACAUAGUUGUUGCUAGAGAACAUGCCAGACAGGAAUUGAAAAAUAAAACUACCGAGGAAAAACAUCAAAACGAUUCGAUGCAAAAAAUUAUGGAAAAUCAAACUCAAGGAGUACAAAAUAAUGGUGCGCAAGGACAACAAACUAGAAAAAUACACCAACAUAGUAUUAAUAAUGGAAAAGGAAAAAAGAUCAAACUGGAAAAGUUACCACAACCAAUUGAUUAUAAAUUCAAUUUUACUCUGGCAAAUUGUUGUUUGAGCCUUUUAAACAAUGACAGAGAGGUUCUUGUUCUAACUGUAACUCAAUUUUUAACCAGUGUUGAAGUACGACCUGUAUUGUCCGCUUUCAAAGUGUCCACUCGAGCUGAAAGUUUCGUGAUCGAAGGUCUUUCCGCGGAAGGUGAUCUAGUGCCCCUGAUUACCGUCGACAAUGUCCUUACAGGGAACGUAUCGACUAAUUUUCUGGCAAUUGAUUUCGAAAAGAACGGAGAGAAUGUAGAUCCAACUUUUGAUGUGUCUAUAAAGUUGGAAGCUGUUGAAGUGACUUAUUAUCACCAUGCCAUGAUAGAAAUUAUUAAAUUUUUCAAACUUAAUGAUUCGAAUAUUCAAGCGAAAAUUCUAUGGGCAUAUACACUAUAUGAAUAUAUAAAAAGAAAUGUUUUUGUUCUGAUUGAUAAUAUCGUAUCCCAAACACUUCGACUUAGCUUCCAAGUGGAAAUCAAAGGGCCGUACAUCGUGUUUCCUGAACACGGAUCGAUACAAAAAGGCGGACACAUUCUUGUUGUGGAUUGUGGUAAUAUGAGUUUGUCUAACGAACUUCAGGCUACCAAUCUACAACUCGAAGAUGCGACACUCAUGGAAUUGGAAGAAUUACUUUACGAUAGGAUACAUGUUGUAUUUUCUGGGGCACAAAUAUUAUGUUGUCACUCAGGAGACGAUUGGAGAUCAGCACGAAAAAAGAAGGAUUCCGAAUACCAUUUUAUAUCAAAAAUACAAGCAAACACGACUAUUUCGUAUAGCAUAAAACCCGAAUAUCAUCAGUUACCAAGAACCAAAGUGAACGUUUCUAUUUCAAGUAUAAAGUUCAAUUUAACAGAGAAUAAGAUACGACUGAUCGUUCAUUUCCUGAAUUUAUUGAUGUUGGUUUAUCAACGAAACGUGGACAAAUACGAGGGUGGUUUAAAGCGAUACAUUUUCAAAAAUGGAUCGAACCAGAUUUUUAAUUCUAUAAAGGAACUUAAAAACGUGCAACGUAGUAUAUGUCUGUCGUCGGUUGAAAAGAUACAAAAUAAGUUCAUGCAUGUUACUAAGGAAUUUCUGACGAAUCAUGUACAAAAACUCGAUAGGAGUGUUGUGUCUUCUGAGGUCAGCGAAGAAGAUUUAGAGUUACUAUCAAAGACCAUAAGCUUAUCUGGAUUCGAUGAUAACGUGUCUCCUUGUAAUCAUAUUAACUUCCUGUUGAGAUUUGCCAUUGGAGAGCUAUCAGUUCACUUGGGAAUUAUACAUCAUGGCAGAGAAGAGCCUUACUUAAAUUUAAGAUUGCAUGCUUUAUAUCUUGAGACUGCAAUAAUGGAGUAUGGACCAGCCAUUCAAUUUGGCAUAGGAUCUAUUCUUUUAGUGGAUAAAACAAAUGCAGGUGUAACCGGGUCAUAUUUGGAAUUGAUAUCCACAGAAGAACCUCAUGAAGUUCUUGUUGUAUCAUUUCGUAAGGUUAAAUCUAAUUGUCCAGACUUUAAAUCCCAUUUCAAGAGUAUCGAAAGGUCUUUCGUUAUAAAUAUAUUAAACAUUAAUAUAAAUCUUCAUAGACCAGCAUUAUUGAAGAUACAAGAAUAUUGGUACAGUUUAGUUAACAUUUUCGAAGGCAAUACUCUUUUCAACUUCAUUGGCAAUACAUGUUACAGUAUUAUGCAGUGGAAAUCGAAAGAAAAUGAUCCACCUAUACCUCCUGGUGCCAUUAAGCUGAAUUAUUCUGCUCGUCUCAGCGCCCUUGUCAUAAGAUUUUGUGACAAAGACUUGGAUCUGAUGGAAAUACAAGUUCUAGGCCUGGAGAAUGAUUGCAUUUACAAUGCUAAUGAAAGAAUGGUAUUACGAGCACAUCUCAGACAUUUAUUGGUCGAAGAUUUAAACGAAGAUACUCUAUACUCAAAGCUGUUAACCACGGAAGACGAUAAGGUUCUUGACUUGAAAUAUGUAAGACACAUGCCAAGAUUAUACACGUGCUCAGACAUUGAUACUAAGCAGGACGACGUGAUGUCAGAUGGAACAUUUAAGCUAUUCAUAGGGAGGAUUAGUUGUGUGCUUAUUUGUAAAAUAUUGUAUAAUUUAAAGUAUUUUUUAACACCGUUCCCCUCUACGUAUUGUUCGCGUUUUAAAAAUUAUUUGAUCAACAAACUCAUGAAUGGUGUCCAGGAAUAUAAAAAGAGUGCGACGAAGUUGCACAUCUUUGUUGACAUUCAAGGCCCUAUAUUUCUCCUUCCUCAACGAAAAGAUGUACCCAGUCUUUUGGUAUUGAACACAGGCGUGUUAUCAGUUGAAAAUUUCUUCAAAAAAGUCAUCGAUCAAUCUAUUCAAAAUGUUAAAAUGCCCGGUAGUGAUACUAACCAGUUGAUAAUCGAUAACAUUCUGGUAAAAUUGAACAACAUGACCGUAUCCAGAGCAAUUAUGACACUUAGUCGUGAUUUGGAAAUUCAAGAACCAAUCAUCGAACCCAUACAUAUUCAUUUCGAUAUCAAAAGAAAGACAGAGUAUCGCAGUGCGAUGGAAUUCCAAACGUACGGCUUGUUCAAUAUACAAGGUUCCAUGGAUUAUGUGAACAUCAAUUUGAGUCAAAGAGAUUUGAAGUCUAGUAUACUAGUGUGGAAGGAUAAUAUCUCAAAGAUUAUAUUAUUCAAAGACAUAUGCAGUAACGAAGCAGACUCAGCAAUGGAGGAUCAGUUGAAGAAAGUCAGUCAGGAAGACGUUAUGGUGAAAAAGUUGGAAGAUUUCCUUAUGCACAAUGAAAAUUCUGUUUGUGAAAUUAAUACAAAGUUGAGUCUAGAGGGAUUGCAGUUAAAUUUGUUCUUAGAUUCAGAAGAGGUUUUAAGCUCACCAGUUCGUGAUCUGAAUCAUGGUCUAUGUAAACUAACAUUUGGGGAGAUAAUCAAUACGUACGCAUUCUACAGCGAUAGAAGCAUGAAGAUGAAAUUGUCUCUUCAAAGCUGUGUCCUGCAAGAUACUCGAAAGUUUUCUAAAACUAUAACAAAAAUAAUUCAAUCUCCAGCGAGACAAAUACAGCCCGAAUCCUGUAUAUCUAUUUCAAUGUCUCCUAUCGUUGAUAUCACGUACACUUGUGCACCAGCUGGAGAGACGUGUUUUGAUGCACUUAUUCAAGAAGUUAGAUUGAACUUGUCUGUGCCAUUUGUAAUGCACCUCACUCGAUAUAUCAUGGAUUCCUUUCCAGGAGAGCAGAUCGAAGAAGGAAUCAUUAAUCAUGGAUACGAGAACAACAAUUCAGCAACAAGCAGGGAUAUAACCACUGCGGAAAGAAAGAAAUUAAAGUACGCACAAUAUUUUAAAGAAGAGCCAGAUGCUUCUGUGUCUGUGAGGAUACACAAACCAGAGAUCUUACUCUUUGGUGAUUUAAAAGCAAACAAUGCUCACGUGAUUAUACUACAAGCUGAGGUAUCAAUCGAGAGUAGCAGGCACAGCUGUUCAUCAUCGAUAGUUUGCACGCUCACAGAUGUGCGUGCAAAAUCGAAGAAACAAGGGAAUUAUUCGCAUCAUACCCCUUACUGGCUACUCUGUCCAUGUGACAUAGAAAUUUGUCGAAAAGAGGAAGCACCGGAAUUUAAUAUCAAUUAUACUAUAGCUGUGAAUAAAAUUGAUGUUCACUUCUCUGCAGAAAUUAUACAUACAUUUAUUAAUAUACUAAAUGAAGCUACAAGUUUUGUAGAUAGUAUUAAUGUAAAGCUGGAAGACAGAUCUAUGAAUCAAAAUCUUAAUAUGCACAUUAAUUUGUGGACACCAAAAAAAAUUUUGAACGUACCAUAUAAAAAGUUAGACGAUGAUGACUCACAUUUAAUUGAUGAAUGUAACGAUAGAGUUGUAACUUAUAAUCUGAAACCAUUAGAACUCUGUUUAAUGUUGGAAAUAGAAUAUUCAAUGGAAAGACUCCCUGUCAUAAAAAUAGAGAGUUUAAUUACAGCCAGCAUUAAUGAUUGGUUCAAUAAUUUCAAUCUUGAGUCAAACAUAAAGCUUCAUGCAUUCUGUUAUAAUGCAGAUUGCAAAAAUUGGGAGCCUCUAAUCGAUCUGUGUUCGGAAGAUGACACAACUUACAGACCAUGGGAAUUAAUAAUAAAAAUGCGUCAUGGUGAAGCUUUCAUGGUGAACUCAAAUUGGACUAAUUCGUAUCAGCACAUAAAACCAGAUGUAUUAAAAGCCAAGAAGAAAAGUCUCAGAAGCUUUGAUCAAGAUAUUACGGAUAUGGUUUUCAUUACUCCUGAUCAUCUGACUGUGUCAAAAUUAAAUGAGACAGAAUUAUAUUCAACGUAUGAAGAAGACUCCGACACAGACGACGAAGAGGGACAGAAAAAAUUGGCAAGAACUUCCAACUAUUUAUUUAAUAGUAACAGUAGCGGAGACGAAGACAGUGAUAGUGACGACUCGAGCACAAAUGAAGAUGAAGGGUUAGAAUUGACACCUGAAUGCAACAUAGACUCUUUUGGACCACUAGGUCGUGAAUCCAUAAAAUCAAACGAUAUAGCGGUUUACAUCAUCGUAUCCGCAGAAGAUAAACUCAAUAUUGUUAUUACACCAAACCUAAUCACUAUAGUAGAUCUAAUCAUGAACGCGUUUCAACAAGUUACCAAUGGAAUACCAAUAGUACCAACCAACAUGAAAAAAUUGAAUCUUCAGAAUGAUAUUGGUCAUGAGAGUCGAAUAGAACUUCUUAGUUCAGAUGAGAAUAACAAGAAUAUUACACGUGUAAUAGCAAGUCAGGACUACCAUGACAUUAGUCCACCAGUAAGCGUUCCUAGCAGUCCAGAAUUGGAAACCCAUUUGGAUCUGGCCAGCUCACAAGUGAUUGAUAAUGAAAUGGACUUUGUGGACCCUGAUACAAAUUUACAGAAUCAUUCAAUGCCAAUGGAGGAAAUAUUUGAAGAAGACUCUUCAAUCAGUAUAUAUAGGACAAUCACAGGCGAAGUGUUGCAUGUGGUUUUUAAAGGUACUCUUAUAUGCAAGUAUAUAUCAUCAAAGAAGUAUUUUUAUUUUUUUAUUAUAUCUAUAGGAUUCGAAGAUGUAUUAGUGUAUUGUCCUAAGAGACAAGGGUGUAAUCUGAUUCCACUACGACCUAUCAGGCAUGAUGUUCGUUAUCAUUUAAUCAUAGAAGCUACUAUCAACAAUUACUUACACCGUACAAUUACAGUACGUUCACCUUUACAGUUUCGAAAUGAAACUUCAUACGCAUUGGGCCUUUAUUAUAAGAAAUCAUUAUUAGACAAACUGGAAUUCACGUGCAUCGGGGAACCUACAAAUCCUUUUGAUGACAACAUCAGAAUGACAAUUAUCGAGCCUGAUUCUACUUAUAGUGUUCCUUUAUACAUAGCUUAUCACUUCCCUAUAUAUAUAUUGCCUGCGUAUUUAGAAAAAUACCAAGUUAGUGAAGAAGGAAUUUAUUGGAAAGAAAUGAGCAUAACAAUGAACGUGAUCAAGGACAUCUGUUGCAAAAUGAAAGAAGAUGAGAAUUAUUCUGUAUUCUGUGUCAAAGUCUCUUGUAAUGAAAUUCCAGUGACUACAAGAUCAAGUUGCCAAGUUCCAAAUUAUAUGAUAAGCAUUCAUUCCCCUCUUAUUUUCAACAAUCAGCUACCAUUCGUCAUAGACGUUCAUAUACCUGCUAUUAAUUACGAUGUGAAAAUUGAGCCUGGGGAAAGAAUAAACAUGCAUUCCUUAAACUGUAACAACGACAUCCAGUUUGUCUUUAAGAUUCAAAGUUAUCUGGGUGCAUAUUGGUCUGGUACUGCAAAACUGAACACAAAUUUGGAAAGGAAAUUUGUCGUGAUGAAUGCAGACAGUGAAUCAGACUCGACAAAACCAUUUUUGCUAUGCAUAGAAUUGUGUAAAAUGACAAGUUGGCACAUUAUUAUUCAGUCUCAAUAUUGGAUGAUAAAUAAAUCUGGAUUACCUUUGUUUAUUCAGGAAUGUCAUUCUCAUGUAAUUAAUGAAAUACCAGAAGAAGAAUUAAUGGUAUACUCUCAGAAGAAUAACAAAAAAAGCUCGGUUAGACUAAGAGCACAUCAGUCUGAAUGGUCUUUACUAUUUGGGUUGGAAGGAAUCACUUCCAUGUCUUCGAUCGUAUGCAAGGACAUAGAACGAGGAAGAAAGUACAGAAUUUUAACGGAGAUCGAAAGUUCUCGUCUCUCGCCUAACUUCACGAAGAUCAUAACAUUUCACCCCUAUUUCUAUGUUGGUAACAAAACGAAGAAAAGUCUGAGAUUCAUGGAAGAAAAUGAUCAAGCUGAUCUGUGGAAUGAUCUUCUUCCUGGACAGAGCAUGCCGUUUUGGCCAGUCACAGAAUCGAUGAAGAUGAGAAUAAAGUGGAGGAAUAGUCAAUUGGUAUCUCAACAUUUUAGUAUUACACACGCGGGGAAGACGGUACUGAGAAUGGAUAAUGGCUCAGCCAUAACUGUGGAAAUCAAGGGUGGUACUAAUUCCCCAUAUUACGUUACAUUUCAAAAAUAUACAGCAGGUGAUAUACCUGUUAGGAUAGAUAAUUUUUGCGAUGAUUUAUUUUUAAAAAUCAGUCAAUGCAAUUUAGGCCAAGUGGCCCUAAUAAAUCCAUUCCAAAGUCUCUUAUACACGUGGGAUGAUCCCACAAAAUCUAGAGAACUCGUUUGGAAUGUAUAUAAUAAUAAAAAAAUCGGGUACAAUGCGAGAUUUGAAAAGGAUGGAUAUGGUCAAGAGAUUGUACCACUCAUGAUCGUCGAAAAAUGCAAUGGCGGAUUAUUGACUAAUUCUUCAAUUAAAUCUCAGAACAGUAAAUCAACGUGGUUGGAAAACAAAUCUGGUAGUACCAGUAGCGAGAAUAAUUAUGACGACGACGUGAAGUCGUCCAUGUUGAAAAAUGCACAGAUAGACAAAACGAUUGUUUAUUGGGUGAGUUACAUGGAGGGUAAUCAACGGAUCCUGCUGUUCACUCAACAAGAAAUGGUGUUUUUGAAAGCAAAGAGCAUUAUUGAUCCUGAACCCAGUAAAAGGGAAAUAUUCCUUUCUUUCGCUGGUAUUGGAGUCAGUAUUGUAACAAAAUCAAGUGAAAUUCUAAAGGAGCUGGUGUAUGCUAACAUAACAGAUUCUGCAGCACACUGGGAACUUUAUUUUGACAAAAAGUGGAAAAGUUUAUCGUUAGAGUUGAGUGCUUGGAUAGAGAGCAAAUAUGUAAAUUCUUGUAAAAAAGCACAGUUAGAAAAUUUUAUUGAAGUUGAUCUUGUAAAAAUGCACAUGACCAAACCAUUUUUUGGAAAAUUAAAAAGAACUUAUUCCCCGGGAAUUUGGUUGCAUUGCAGGAAGUCUUUGUCAUUGACUUAUUUGCAAGGUUACAUCCAUAGAAUACAGGUGGAUAAUCAAAUUUGUAACACUACGUUCCCUGUAAUUUUGUACUCGAACUUGCAAAAGAGUAUCAUUAAUUACGCAGGAAAUCGUAAAUUAAAACACUGUGUAGAAUUUACAUGUUUAAAACAAAGAAAGUUACAUUACGAUAUUUACAAGGGUAUUUGUGUCAUAGUUAGGGAAUUUGACUUGAACUUACAAGAAGGCUUCCUCCUCUCUUUAAUCGAUUUAAUCCCAAAGAAACCAGAAACUAAAUAUUCCAUUGCAGCAAAAUUAAGAAAAGAUGUUUCCAGUAUCCAUAUUUUACCUUCUAGCAAAACUAAUAACAAUACAACUAUUAAAAGGAAGAAUGUAAUAGAGAAUAUGUAUAUUUCUCCAAUCCUAAUACGCUUAAUAUUAUUGGCUGAUACAGAAAGACCUAAUAUUUAUAAUAUUAGUGAUAUAUCAGAUUACAAGAAUAUUAUUCGAUUUAUUUUUGAAUAUUCUGAAAAGGGAGCAUCUGAAAAGCACGCUGAGUUUAGACUUCCUUGCUAUCAAAGAAAUUUUAUUACGAUUGACAAUGACGAGUUUCUAUUGGAUCUAUCACGAUCUUAUGUGACCCAAACCAUGCAACAAUUUCACGUUUUAAUUCGUUCAACCACAGUUUUAGGAAAUCAAUGUGGCUAUAACUUUAAAUCUCCAGGAGAGAAUUUCUAUGAAUCUAAUACAUUGAUUCUGUAUGGAGACGAAAUAGCAGAAAAACUAAGCUACGAGGUAGCGUGUCAACUGGGGUACGCUACUCUAGAUUCUACACAGACAUCAGCUUGUAAUUUUGACACUGAACCUCGUACAGUACAACAUAAGACGAGGGAACCGUGUUUUCAAAAUAAGGAUGUGCCUCCCUUGAACCUUUCAAUUCAUACCUCCUUUUCUACAGAGAUUGAACUAGAAACGUGUAGCUUAGUAACUGCGUUUAUAAGUAGUAUUCAGCAAGAAGAGUUGAAAUAUUUCUUCAAAACCUUGGGAAAGAAAACGUCAAUAUUUUUUAACACAGAAAGUUCCUCUCUAAAAGCUUAUUCAAAAGUAAUAGCAGAUAUUAUAAAAAGGGCACAGGAAAUAGGUCAUAAGUUCAUAUCUCGGAUACGCUUACCACGCUAUGUCAAUCCGUAUAAGGGAGUUGAAAUAUUUUCUAUGCAUAAGGCAAAAGGGAUGCAUCUUCUAAAUAUGAUAAAUAAGAACCCUGGUAUUGAAACAGACACGUAUUGGGCCCAUAGUACCCUCUCAAAUGAUGGAAAACAUAUAGCUCUUGUUUCACUGCAGCGAUUGUAUUUCAUCGAGAAAGGUUGUACAUGGGGAUCUUUAAAUGUAAAAUGGACUUUGGAAACACAUCAGUUACUUUUACCUCCAACAGUAGUUAACAAUAAACUAAUCCUACAUGUGAACAAGAAUGAAGACACUCUGUCACCCAUGGUGGAUUGGUAUUUAGAGAGCGAAGCAACAGACAUUCUGGAGUGGCUGUGCCAGAAAAUAAAUAUAGCGCUGAUCUUGAACAUGGAGAACAGUAUAUGUUCAAAGCAAGUUGUAUAACUGGAAUC